GAACCAUCUUGCGACCCCACCAUAUUCCCCUCGAUGUGCCCCGCUUGCGUAACGUCAAGGCCAAUCACCUGGUAGAUGCCGAACCAAUGACAUUGGAAAACACGUUUCGGUGCCUUGGAGACUGUGAUUGCCACCUACCUGCCAGUUGAGGGGGUACGUAUCUGCUAUUCUGCUUCUCAAGCGAGCUGCACAUAGAAGCAAAUAACCGGCCCAUAGAGUUAGUAGCCUUCACCCAGCAUCCUUCACCAUGACAACCAAGGCGGCCAAGGUCAUCGGGCUGCUUCGCAAUAAUGACCUGGCCACGGCUAUCUACAGUGCCGUGGUCCAGAACGACAAGAAGAUCUUCCAGGACGCCGUGUCCGCCGCCAAUUUGAAGACUGACGACCUGACGCUGUCGAGUGACGAGUUUGACAAUCUCGUCAAGGGACUGAAGAGUUCUGGAGAGCUUGAUCUUGUCACUUGGGAUGGGUACUACGAGUCGACCACUACCCAAGACUCCGACCCGCUUGCACUGCUGAUCCUCUCAACGACCGGCAAGGUCUAUUGGGGCCCGCGAGGGAAACUCAUGCGCGAUCCCGACAACCAUGUGGUUGACUACUCCCUGAUCACGGGUGGCAAGCUCAAGUUUACCACGACGGAUGACGGCGACGUGAGCAUCUCUUUUUCACGCACCUAUGACGACGACGCAGGGACUGCCACAGUGAGCUUCACGGGCACCCGCAAUAAAGCUGACAUCUCAGGAAGCUGGGCCAACAUGCCUCUCUGCGAAACGGGGUCGGACAAGUCGCCCAUUUUUAAGGCGUGGGACCUGAUUUGGCCCUGGGUCUCCAACACCUUCACCUUCAUCGGCGGGGCGGCGGCCUGCUAUCAGAUUUAUCUCUGGAUCCGGGACUCCGUACGCGAGAGAAGAUCGACGCGCACGGUGCGGGCUCUCAACGAGGCCACGGUCGAGUACCGGGCUCUCGCUAUGCACAACUGCGACCCGCCCGCGGUGAACUUCCGGAAUGCCGGCGAGAGGGUGACCAACGAUGUACUCGCGAGCGCCUAUCAGGACCUCAACGACAACCCGCGGGACUACAACGCCCAGCCGACUGACCAGGUCGUGCAGAGCAUGCCGGACAUUACCAAGCCCGCCUUUGAGCUUUCGGUGCGCCGCUACGUGAGCAGUCGCAUCUUGCCUGCCGUGGACGAGGCGGUGGACCCACUGUCCUACCUGCCUGUCUACAACGACUUGGAGAAGCAGGUGCUAGACGCCAAGGUAUCGUUGCAGGCCGAUCCCAAGAUAGCCGAGAUGGGCCCCUCGACGUCGGCCUACGAUCCAAUCGACCGCGCAGCCGUCCUCAGUGAUCGGAGCUCGUUCUACGCGGCCGACUACGCUGCCAAGGAAAGAGCCUACGACGGCGCGGAGCAGGAGUACGAGGACGCCAAGAAGAAGCGGGAGGACAUCCAGGCGCAAAUCGACGAGGUGGACAAACAGAUUGCCAAGGAUAAGCAGGACAGCGACAACGCGGCCGCGCAGCGGGACCAGGCGCGCAAGGAUCAGCUCGAGAAGGACCUCGACCAGGCCGAGAGCGACGAGCACGACAAGGAGGACAAGAAGAACACGACUGAGUCACAAAAGGACGACGCCAAGGACAAGAGCGAUAGCGCGGCCGAGGAUGAAAAGAAUGACACGUCCAAGGCGCAAUGGGACGCCAAAAUCGCUGACGUUUUUGGGAAGUAGAUUUGGUAGUUAACUACGCCUAUUGUAUGAGUCCCAUCGACUGCGCUUUCGGGAGAGCUUUCUUACGACAAAGUGAUCGGUAUGAAGCUGACGGGAGAGGAGUGGAUGGUCUGUGUUGAGGCCGAGACGGACGUGCGGCCUAAAGAUAUUGUUGAAGCUGGUCUUAAGGAUUGGACAAUUGACGCGUUAGGUAACCGCUACGCGAUCCGGCGCGUUGCGCGCAAUUGGCAAAGCUCCGGAUCUCUGCCAAGAUAUGUUAGCGGCCAUGGUUUUCAU